AUGACAGAGCUUCAAAAUAUAACAAACAACGCAUAUAAUUCAAGUUACGAUUGGUUUGAUCGCAGUAUUCACAAUAACAACAGCAAUAACAAUAACUAUUCCAAUCUGCCUGCUUCAGCAUCAACAAACACUACUGUAACUACUGCUCAACUUCCACCAAUCAACUUUAAUCAUAUUAUGAAUUCAGAAGCUGGCAUUGCGUAUCCAAUGGAUGAUACUUCUUCUAGUCGUAGAUCAACGAUGUCAUAUGCCGAUACGACUCCAAACGCGUCGUCUUCCUGGAUCAAUACCAACAACCCACAUCCCACUAACUCGAGCGGCUACUCUCCAAAAGACUCCUGUGAUUUGUCCUAUAACGAAGACGAUGAAUAUCAUCACAAUCACGGUCAGCCAACACCAUCGCCAUCUGCAUCAACUGAACGCAGUAGAUCAAAUAAACACAGAACAUUAUCUACCAAAGACAUUCACGUAGAACGAAACACAGAAGGAAAGCCCCCUUAUUCUUACGCUACAUUGAUCAAGUACGCCAUUGAGAAUAGCGAACGAAAGAAGCUUACUCUCAGUGAAAUUUAUCAAUGGGUCAUUGAUCAUUACCCUUAUUAUGGUUCUGCUGGCACAGGUUGGAAAAACUCAAUUCGUCAUAACCUCUCCUUGAACAAGAGCUUUGUUCGUGUACCUCGCCCUAUCAAUGAGCCUGGCAAGGGCUCUUACUGGCAGGUAGAUUACCGCGCUGCUGAGGCUGAGGCAAGAUCCAAGUCUACUAUGGCUGUUCGCGGCCGCGCCAAUCGAUCUGGAAGUGACCCAGCUAACAAUCCUUAUCGUCCCGACGGUGCUUGGGGCCCUUUUGGUGGCAAUAACAGUAGUACGUUUGGAAACAGCAAUGGAAACAGCAAACGCUUCCAUCGUGAUUCUCGCUCAUUAUCAAUGGACUCCAAUAUGAAUGCUAAAGUAUUCCCUCACCAACAAUUAUCUGCUACUGCGAGCUCAUCCUCCACAUCUUCUAUGGGCCACAAUUAUAGCAAUGCUGGUUAUUACAAUCAUAAUUAUGCUUAUGGAAACGGUACAGCAGCCACAGCAGCCAACGCAGGAAUAAGACAUGUAAAUAGUAAUAGACACAGCGCAGAAUUUCCUCGUGGUAGCCCUUACUUGGCUGGAAAUUAUGAUAUUUACACGGCUGCAGGCGGUGCAGACGUUCAUCAUCAAUACCAAAAUCAUCAUCACAACAGUAAUCAUAGUAGUAGCCAUCCAUCACAACAGCAUAAUCAUCAUCCUCACCAGCAUAAUAGAAUACCUCCACAACAAAACCACGCAACCAUGAACUCCAUGUACGACCACCACAAUGGCCCAGCCCAUUCGCCCUAUGGAUCCAUGUAUUCUCCUUCUGCUGUGGCCGCUGCUGCCGCUGGUGUCUCUUCCGGAUUCUCUGGAUACCAUAAUCAUAACGCAAAUGGUAAUAAUUCGCCUACUAUACCAGGUAGCAUGUUACAACAACAACAACAACAACAACAACAACAACAACAGAUCAAAACGGAAGCCUCCAUGACUGGUAUGCCUCUUCCCAAUGGCAAUGUUACAGCAUCCACUGCUGCCGCUGUUUCUUCUGCUACCAAUGCUGACAAUACUACUAUGGAAGAUGCCGUUCCAACAAGCAAUAACAAUGACGAUGAGAAUAGUACGACGCAUUCUUUUUCUACGCCUCAGCCCCACUACAAAAGAGUUGGUUCUCCUUCAGGUAAUACAAAUGGAGAAAAGUACAGCUCUCCUUCUCCACCUCAACCGUCCGUCGAUGCUCCCACUAGAAAUAUGAAGAUGAAGGCAUCUAAUUGCUCUUUAUCCGGCAAUGAGUACGAUUGGUCUGGAACAAUAUAA